AUGCUUUUUAAAAAUUUAAGAGCAGCACUUUCCCCUGAAGAUAGUCCAGAAACUAGAAGUGAAAAUAAUGCUGACAAGGAAGAAACUCAUGAAAGGAAUAUUGAAGAAACUAAUGAGAUAAGAGAUAAUGAAGAUAUUUUGUCAAAUGAAGUGCCUUCUUUAAAACAAAAUGGAAAUAUUAUUCAAAAAAGAGCUCAAAGUUCAUUAAGUAAUGGAAAGACUAAUGAAAGAAAGGAAAGUAGCACCUCUAAUUCUACUUUAAAUCGACGACCAGCAACCUCGGGAAAUGGAGAAGUUGACUUUAAAGUUUUUGAAAUUCAAAAUAAAAAGUUGGAGAAUGAAGAAGCUAUGGAAAUGAAAGAAAUGGAGGAGGGAAAAGUUAAGGAAAAUGAAUAA